AAUAUUGAGCUGCCAACAUCAGACGACUCUGAGCUGAGAUCACAUUAACAAGAACCUGAACCAGAAACAGUACCAGAACCUGAACCAGAACCAGAACCAGAACUAAAUCCACCAUGGAAAAAGUGGUCCUCCUGCUGUCCCUGUUGUGUCUGGGCGUCUCCUCUCAGCCACUGGACGACCAACGCUUGUUCUUUAUUGCCGUCAACAGAGUUCAUCACCUUCACCUGAUCGCUCAGAGACUCUUCUCCAACUUUGAGAGCUCUCUGCAGACCGAGGAGCAACGUCAACUGAACAAAAUCUUCUUGCAGGACUUCUGCAACUCCGACUACAUCAUCAGCCCGAUCGACAAACACGAGACGCAACGCAGCUCCGUCCUGAAGCUGUUGUCCAUUUCCUAUCGAUUGGUUGAGUCCUGGGAGAUUCCCAGCCGUUCUCUGCCUGGAGGUUCUGCUCCAAGGAACCAGAUACCACAUGCACUAGGUGAUCUGAAGACCGGAAUCCUGCUGCUUAUCAGGGAGAAUCAGGAUGGAGCAGAAAUCUUCCCUGAUAGCUCCGCCCUCCAGCUGGAUCCUUUUGGAAACUUUUAUCAGGGUCUGGGAACUGAUGAAUCUCUGAGACGAGACUAUGAACUGCUGGCUUGUUUCAAGAAAGACAUGAACAAGGUGGAGACCUACCUGAAUGUGGCUAAAUGUCGACUCGCUCCAGCAGCUAACUGCACCUUGUAGCCAGGCCUCUCUGCAGUGAAGCCAUGCCCUUGUUGGUUAUGUCAGUUUCUGUGUUUUGUAGCUUCGACUUCUGUUCUCUUACUCUGUUGACUUGCAUUUGUGUUAGCUUAGCCUCUGUUUAGAGUUUAAUGAAGCACGUUUUGUCCCUUGAGUGUAUAGAAGUGGUGUCGUCUGAGGCCUUCUAUGAUCACAGUAGGAACAGAAAGUGAUGUCAUGCUAUCAAAGUGUGUAAUAAAGUUUGUGCUGUGUUGCAUUGAGAAA